CCAAAAGCGAGGCGGGGGAACGACCAGGUCUGAGGCUUUGUCUCUUUUGUGCUGGCUGCUGGAGAUGAGCCUAGGCUUGACCUGACCAUGAUUCCAAGGACUGGCACUUCUUUUUUACCCCCAGUUUGUAGAGAUCCAGACCUUCUCUUCCUGAUUGUCAAGAAAAUUAAAUUAUUGCUGAAUUUGGGAAUCUAGGCAGCACCAGCUUACUUUUUCCCUGCAUCUCUCUGGAAUCGUUUCUGGGAUAUUUUCCAAAUCAUCACAGAAAGCAGGAGGAAUGAACCGGCAGCUAGUGAAAAUUUUGACAACCUUGUUUGCAUUUUUCUUAGAGACAAACCACUUCAGGACGACUUUCUGUAAAGAACAUGAUUCAAGAUCUGGAAAAUCCCCCUCACAGACCCUGUCUCCUUCAGAUUUUUUGGACAAAUUGAUGGGAAGGACAUCGGGGUAUGAUGCUAGAAUCAGACCAAAUUUUAAAGGUCCUCCAGUAAACGUUACUUGCAAUAUUUUUAUCAACAGUUUUGGAUCAGUCACAGAAACCACAAUGGACUACAGAGUGAACAUUUUUUUGAGACAGCAGUGGAACGACUCACGUCUGGCUUACAGCGAAUAUCCUGAUGAUUCCCUGGAUUUGGAUCCCUCUAUGUUGGACUCUAUUUGGAAGCCAGAUUUAUUCUUUGCCAAUGAGAAGGGAGCAAACUUCCAUGAUGUCACAACAGACAACAAGUUGCUGAGGAUUUCUAAAACUGGAAAAGUGUUGUACAGUAUCAGGCUUACUUUAACCUUAUCCUGUCCCAUGGAUUUGAAGAAUUUUCCUAUGGAUGUUCAGACAUGUACAAUGCAGCUAGAGAGCUUUGGCUACACUAUGAAUGAUCUGAUAUUUGAGUGGCUAAGUGAUGGACCGGUGCAAGUUGCAGAGGGUUUAACCUUGCCACAGUUUAUUUUGAAAGAAGAUAAAGAACUUGGUUAUUGCACAAAACAUUACAACACUGGAAAGUUUACAUGCAUUGAAGUCAAGUUUCAUUUGGAGCGUCAGAUGGGAUACUAUUUAAUCCAGAUGUACAUUCCUAGCCUGCUGAUUGUCAUUUUGUCCUGGGUUUCUUUCUGGAUCAACAUGGAUGCUGCUCCAGCUAGAGUCGCACUGGGUAUCACUACAGUUUUGACAAUGACCACGCAAAGUUCAGGAUCAAGAGCUUCCCUCCCAAAAGUCUCCUAUGUAAAAGCUAUCGACAUCUGGAUGGCCGUGUGCCUUCUCUUUGUCUUUGCUGCAUUACUGGAAUAUGCAGCAGUCAACUUUGUUUCACGGCAGCACAAGGAGUUUCUGAGGCUUCGAAGAAGGCAAAGGCGACAAAACAAGGAAGAUGAAGUUGCUCGUGAGAGUCGAUUCAAUUUCAGUGGCUAUGGCAUGGGUCACUGUCUCCAAGUCAAAGACGGCACAACAGUCAAGGCUACUCCACCCAACCCACCUCCGGCACCAUCAAAGGAUUCAGAUUCCAUCAAAAAGAAGUUUGUUGACCGUGCAAAAAGGAUUGAUACAAUAUCUCGUGCUGCAUUCCCACUUGCCUUCCUCAUUUUCAACAUCUUUUACUGGAUUACAUACAAAAUUAUACGGCAUGAGGACAUUCACAAGAAAUAG